UUCAAUUAAUUCGAAUUGUGACUUCUCCUGGCCUCGUUUUAUUCUGUUCUUUUAAUUUACACCAUUAUUAUACCUUAUAUUCUUUAUUUAAAAAAAAAGCCUCUCCUUUAAAUUGAUCCUCUUCUCGUUCCUUUCGCCGGGGAUUUGCCAUCGUGGCUUGAUUAUUGAGGAUCUUCGACCCUCCGACAAGUUGAAUUCCCUUGCGACCACUUCUUCUCUCUUGAUUCAGCCCUCAAGGACUCUUGAUUCUCUCUUCUUUCUCUCCCUGCGAUUUCUCCACGGCUUCCUUUUCGUACAAUCUUUAAUCUACCCCGUUUUCUUAUAAUGAAGUUCCGCCUAUCUUCGCCGAUUGUCCUCCUCCUGCUUCCUGCGAUCACUUCCGCGCUUGCAACACCAAACCCAAGUGAUGAAAGCACAAAGGAUUUUGCCGUGGUGGGACGUGAAUACUCAGGUGGUAACCCAGUUAUUCCUGAUCUAGACGAACUCGCCCCAACAACUGCCUCGAAAGGGACGCUGGACGCCCCGGUUGACGGUAAAGAUGGUAGACCACACGCUGGUCCGUGGGUAGAGACGAAUGCGGAGCGGGAUCGCAAAAAAACAGGAACAACAACCUCAGUGGACGAACAGACCAAGUCGGACUCAAGGUCUUCAGAGCACCUGGGCCCCGAUGGCAAGCCAAUCCCCUAUUCCAAUGAUGGGGUCAUGGACGACCGCAACCGGGCAGCUCCGAAAGAAGGAACUCGUGGAACAGAGGGUGGCGUAUCGGAGAAGCUCAAAGGGGGUACUUAUGCUAGUGAAAAGGCUCCAGGUAGCCCAAAGGAGGCGCCUCCUCUACCGCACAGUGAGGUACAGAAGCUCCCAACAACUGGAGAGGAAACUGGGUCAAAGGACAGCAAAGCUUCUGGCGCUGAUUCGACCUUGGGCGUGCUCGAGAAACCUGCAGAUCUGCCGGAGAAGCCUCACGAUAUUCCGCUUCCCAAGUCUCCCGCCGGUGUACAAGACAACCCGCUUGGACUGGAGAAGGAAGGUUCAGCAGCAAAUCCUAGCGAUGCCAUCCAGCAAGAAGAUAAAGGUGCUUUCCACUCCCUCCUUUUCUCAUUCACCAUGAUUGUUGUCUCCGAGAUUGGCGAUAAGACCUUCCUCGUCGCUGCUCUGAUGGCCAUGAGACACCCACGCCUACUUGUCUUCUCCGCCGCCUUCUGCGCCUUGAUCGCCAUGACUGUGCUUUCCGCCGUUCUAGGACACGCCGUCCCCACAUUGAUUCCCAAGUCCUUUACUAAGAUAUUGGCCGCUGUGCUCUUUUUUGUCUUUGGCGCCAAGAUGCUCAAAGAGGGCCGGGAAAUGUCUCCCGAUGCGGGCGUUGGCGAAGAGAUGAAAGAAGUGGAGAUGGAGCUUGAAGAAAAAGAACACCAGCAGCUGCGAAUGAGCCGUCGUCGUUCUUCGGUAACCCCUCAUUCUUUGGAAGCUGGUCGACUGGGGCGUAAACCUCGUUCGUCUACGAACCGUCUCCCAUCGCCUCCCGAGAGUCUCUCUUCCUCAUCCUCGCGCGCAUCAUCUCCCCGCCCCACGCGACGUUGGAAUGACCUCCUGGUUGGUAUGAACAACCUGUUUUCGCUUCUUCUCAGCCCUGCUUGGGUUCAGACCUUUGUUAUGACCUUCCUUGGAGAGUGGGGUGACCGUAGUCAAAUUGCAACAAUCGCCAUGGCUGCUGGACAGGACUACUGGUGGGUCACUAUCGGUGCCAUUACCGGCCAUGGGCUUUGCACUGCUGCCGCGGUUAUUGGAGGCAGCGCUCUCGCUGGCAAAGUCAGUAUGCGUGUUGUGACCCUUGGUGGCGCGACUGCUUUCUUGGUUUUCGGUGUUAUCUAUCUAAUAGAGGCUAUGUACUAGGCGGGAAGGAAUUGUCAGUUCUACGGUAGCAUUUAGACAUGACCGGUGUAAAGGAUGAGAUUUGAGAGAAUUUGAAAGAAGUGAGCGAACCGUCUGAUGUUUUGCUAUUUCUGAGUUAUUAAAACCAGGCUUCUUUGUCCUUCUUUGUCCUCUGGGAUUUGUCGCAGAUUUAUUAUGGUUCCCAGUCGCUAUCAUGAGCUCCUUAUAAAGGUAGGUACCUGGUCCGGGAUGUAGGGUUAGGGUUAGGGUAAUACUAGGGUUAUGGGGUAGUUGGUUAGGGUCAGGAUAUUCGAGCUGACUCAG